GUUAAACGGCUCGGCUCGUACACGACGUCGAACAGUGGCGGAGAAGAGAAAACUCAAAUGGUGAGGAGAUCCUAAAACCGCAGGCUCGGGACGAAGCUUCGUAUAUUUCAUCUUCCCUUCCAAGUUUUGACUUCACGAACAGGAAAACUUCCAAAAACCUAGCUUAAUCGCCACCUCCACCGAUCGAUUCCUAUGCCCGAUUCUUAAAUAUCUUCUUCGAUCGUGUUCGCAUCGUUCACUGCUGAUCUUUCCCGACGUACCCAUAUCCGUUUCACUUUGGAAUGCUACGGAUGAUGAGAUGCUGCUUCCUCAGCCGUCUCUUCUUGUUGCUUCUGCUGCUACUGUCACCGUCGACAUGUACUUGCGGCGGCGGCGGUGGGACGUUGCGGAUCUCGUCGCCGGAUUUUCGCAACGAGCAGCAGCGAGUCUCCGCGAGCCGACCCACAGGCAGAUCGCUCUUGCACUAUCCAGAGCUGGUUGAGCCGAACACGGAGUUCGUCGUUGAUCGUGAUGGGAAAGUUUCCUUGAUGCAUCAAUCGGGGAAUGUAAUCUGGUCCUUUGGAUCAGGACGGCCGAUUCAAUCUUCUUAUGUGGCUCCUUUGACUGCGGAAAACAACAGAGACAAUGCUCCCGAGAUUGGUAGCAGUUUCGUAUUAGAGUAUUUGGAUGAGUCGGAGGCUAACAUGGUUGAUGAACGCUAUGCUAGAUGGAAAGUUCAUGUCAAUAUGGAGGACUUGCUUACAAAGAUGCCGCUUGUAACAGAUGAUGGGUUGACAUUAGGGUCUAAGACAACUACUGCGUUUCUGGUUGAUGGUAGAUCUGCGAGGCUAAUCCAUGUUUAUAAGUCAACUGAUUCUUCUGGGGGUGAUAACAAUGGUACUAAUGCUAUGUUGAAGCCCACUGGUGCCGAAAAUGUUGCUGAGCUACCUCUUCUUAUCACCAGGACAGAUUCCAAACUAGAGCAUUUCGACAAAACUACUGGAAAGCUUUCAUGGAAUGUUACGGUUUCUCACUUUAGAGCUGAUUUGCUAUGUCAUCCUACUUUCAAUUCAGGCGAUGAGCUCGGCCCUGAAAUUCUUACUGGGAUUUACAUGCCAUUGCAAUGUGGAUCACAAACUGAUGUCCGUCCCCUGAUUAAGUCAGAACUUUUCGUCAGGGUUCGUGUUGAUCAACAUAUGAAUAUGUUAACUACUCUGCAGCCUGACGGUGUUUACAAAGCCAAAAAGCUUCCCUCACAACAAUCCAGAGCUGACAAGCAGUCAAAAUCUCAGCGAUAUGCUGACAGCAGAGCAAGCAUUUCUCUGCCAGCUUCAAGAACAAAGGACUCCAGGAGGUUACAGGAGCAGGAUGUGAAAAAUUUGGAAACAAGUCCUAGAAACGUCAUUGGUAAACUUUUCAGAUGGUUAGCAAUACUAGUAUCUUGUGGUGGCAUUGUGUUUCUUCUUCGCUCUGCUAUUGAAAUAUUUGUUUCCAGACAAAAGAGGGCUACCGAUGGCUCUUACGCAAAAGUUGUGCCCUCCAAGAAGAAGAAGAACAGAAAAUCAGGAAAGAGUAGUCUUGUAAAUGAGCAGGAAGACGGGCCAUUUGUUGCUAACUACCAGGAUCGGUUUGAGCUAAUUGAAGGAGGUGACCAAAUGUUAUUAGGCUUUAAUAAUCUUCCGAGUGGUGCAGCUGAUGGGCGAAGGAUUGGCAAGUUGUUUGUAUCGAAUAAAGAAAUUGCCAAGGGAAGUAAUGGCACUGUGGUGUUCGAGGGUAUCUAUGAAGGUCGCGUAGUAGCUGUGAAGCGCCUUGUUCGAUCUCAUCAUGAGGUUGCUUUUAAGGAGAUUCAGAACCUAAUUGCCUCCGACCAACACCCAAACAUCAUUCGGUGGCAUGGUGUGGAGUAUGACCAAGAUUUUGUCUACCUUUCUCUAGAGCGUUGUGCUUGCAGUCUAGAUGAUCUGAUCAAAGCCUAUUCAGAAUUCUCCAUGACGAAAGCUUCUGGAAACGGCCAAUCCGCAGGAGAUAUAGCAAUAUCUGAGUAUAAGAUCCAACUGGAUUCAUUGGAGGGACUUAUUCAAGGGCAUGAUUUCUGGAAAGUGAGCGGCCACCCAUCACCUCUCAUGCUAAAAUUAAUGAGGGAUAUAGUUUCCGGGCUUGCCCACUUACAUGAAUUGGGAAUCAUUCAUCGAGAUUUAAAACCACAGAAUGUGUUAAUAAUUAAAGGGAAGACUUGGAGUGCAAAGCUUUCUGAUAUGGGCAUUAGCAAGCGUUUACCUGGGGAUAUGUCAUCUUUGGGUCAACUUGCCACUGGGUCUGGGAGUUCAGGUUGGCAAGCACCAGAGCAGCUUCUCCAGACCCGUCAAACGCGUGCUGUGGACACAUUUAGCUUAGGCUGUGUCCUGUUUUUCUGUAUAACCGGCGGUAAGCAUCCGUUUGGCGAAAAUCUGGAACGAGAUGUGAACAUUGUGAAGAACAGAGUUGACCUCUUCCUAGUGGAUCAUGUCCCAGAAGCUUUGGACCUCAUCUCCCGUUUGUUGAACCCAGACCCUGAACUACGGCCGAACUCAAACGACGUCCUGCUUCAUCCUUUGUUCUGGAACUCCGAGAUGAGACUGUCUUUCCUUCGGGAUGCCAGUGACAGAGUAGAGCUGGAAAACCGAGAGGUGGAUUCCGAAAUUUUAAAAGCAUUGGAAAAUACUGCUCCAGUGGCUCUAGGCGGAAAAUGGGACGAAAAAUUAGAACCCGUCUUCAUCGACAACAUCGGCCGCUACAGGCGUUACAAGUACGACAGCAUUCGUGACUUGCUCCGAGUCAUCAGGAACAAACUCAACCAUUACCGAGAACUUCCCCAAGAAAUCCAGGAGCUUGUCGGAAAAGUCCCAGAAGGAUUCAACGAGUACUUCGCUGUUCGGUUCCCAAAACUGCUCAUCGAAGUGUACGGAGUCAUGUACGGAUAUUGCAAGGAAGAAGAAGUAUUCAGGAAGUAUUUCAAACGCAACAUCAUCUGAUCCGAUGACCGUUGCUUCCCGCCCUCUGUCUGUUUAUCGUUAUCUGUAAUAAUGUUAACUGUGACUGUAACUUAGAUUUGCAUGUGUAAAUAUGUCAUAGAGGCUUCAACUGAUUUGUCUGUAUAAUCCACGAACACGAGUAUUGUGUUUGCCUGUCCCCUCCCAGGGAACAUAACUCACUCAAGGCUUUUGAAUGCGUUCAGAAACCCACCCAUUAGCAAUA